GGCGUCCGGCCGCGGCCAUGGACCGGUACCUGCUGUUCGUGAGCUGGGAGGAGCGGAGAGCCCCGCGGGGCGGCGGCGCCGAGCGCGUAGCAGGUAUAACUGCAGCAAAUGUUUAUAACCUUCUGAAAGAAAAUUGUAGAACCUUUAUAAAUAAGGAUGUAAGCACUUUCCCAGCAUGUUCUGUGGCUGGGGUUCCAGGUAUGAGGAAAUGGUAUUUUGCAAAUCAAGUUAUAUAUGAUUUCUAUCAGUUUUGUAGUUCUGACUGGGAGGAGAUCAAUGUUGACAUGAAGAAAGAUGAAAAUGAAAACUCUCUCCAUACCAGUAUAGAAGAAUGCCUGGGUGCUAUUCAGAGUUUUGAGGAGGAAGACACUAGCAGCAGAGAGUCACUGUCACUGAUUGAUGUCUAUGAAGAAUCUGCAGAGAGUCUACAUCAGUUAUCGGACAAGCUCCCUGCUCCUGGAAGAGCCAUGGUUGAUGUAAUACUACAGUCUGCUGAAAGAGAUGCCCCCAAGUUAAAAGAUUGCUUACCUGCUAUUGGUGCCCUGAAACAUCUGAAAGAAUGGCAUUCUGCAAAAAUCACUAUAGCAACAAAUGACUAUAAAGGUAGCUGGCAAAAAAUUGCAGACUACCUAUCAGCAGAUGUUGUGGCUUCAGAUAAUCUAAUAAAUAUUAUUGACUCAAAAGAGCUGUGGAGAGGAGAGAUUCAGGUAUGGGAAAGAAAGUUUGGAUUUGAAGUUAGGUUUCCAAAAUUUUGUAUAAAGAGUGUCUCAGCCAAGCCUUUCAGCACAUCGUAUUUGAAUACUUGCUUCACUGCCAAGAAAACAGCACAAUCAAAGACUACUAGUAUUUUGCCAGAGGUUUUUCAUUAUUAUGGUCCUGUGUUAGAAUUCAUGCGGCUGGUGAUGCUUUCAGAUCUGCCAUCCUAUUUUGUAUCAGAUCUUGAAUUUGAGCUAAACUUGACAAGAAACAAUAUCAAUGAAAAGUCUACACUGCUUUUGGACCAGAUUUCUUCUCUCUGUGAAAAAGUAGGCGCCUUAUUUGUUUUGCCUUGCAAUGUAAGCAACAUGUUGAUUCCCUCUCCUGGCCAGCUGAGUACAAAAAAAUGGAAGGAACAUAUGGCCAAAAAACCAAAGGUCAUAACCAUUCCAGAAGUUGAGCUUAAAGGAGAGUCUUGCCAAUAUUAUUUCUUGGUACAAGGCAAUGGCUUUGGAGGGUGUAAAGCAACUUUGAUUCAUUCAGCCAAUCAGAUCAAUGGCACAGCCACUCUUGCUUUAAUAAAUGGAAAGCUACAGACAAGCACAGAAGAAACACAGUCAAGCUUUUGUACUGGUGACUUCAUCAGUUCUCUUCCACAUUUCUAUGGAGAGCAGAUUCUACAGAGAGAAAAGAAACUGGCUUAUGUCCAAGCAUUUGCCUUGAAAGAAUGUCUCAAGAGGCGGGAAUCAGGCAAGCAACCUUCAACUGUUUCUGCUGAGGAGCUCAAAACCCUGUUAACACUUACUAGGGAACGUUUUUUAGAGUUGUAUGACACUAGCCUUCCAAAAACUGUUCUGCACAAAGCAAUCAACAAAACUAGCCCCUACACAAUGACUCAUGAACCUGAAUUAAUAGCACCCAAUCCUUUGGAGUGGCCAGAAAGAAGUGUUCUUCAGAACUUGGAAAAUUUUGAAAAAAUUAAACAAAAAAUGAGAGUUUCAAUGUUGGCGCAUUCCUCUGAGCAAUUACUGGGCCAUAAAGAUGAUGAGAGGGAAUCACUGACAUUGCUGGAUGCUAAAGAGCUACUGAAAUAUUUCACUCCAGAGGGGUUACCUAUUGGGGAUCUUCAGCCAUUACAAAUUCAAAAGAGUGAAAAUGCUUUUCUUCUGACGCCAGAGCUUACUCCACGAAAGCUGGGAGGUCUGUCUUUUGAAAAAGCGGCUGGGUGCCAUUAUCAUGGGCUUGAAUACUGUCUAGAUAACAGAAAAGCUUUAGAGAGAGAUGUGAAAUUUGCUGAACUUCAGACUCGUCUUAUUCGCUAUGAAACGCAGACUACCUGUACUAAAGAGUGUUGUCCUUUACCAUGUGUCUUGAGCCCUCUUCCGUCUCCUGCAGUUUUGUCAGAGCCUGGAAGUGUCCCCGAUGGGGAGUCUUUACAAAGUGAACUCAGAACAGAAUCAUCAAGGCUAAAACGCAGAUCAAAAGACUUGGAUUCCUUUUAUCCCAAGAAGAGUCUAAUAAAAACUGAAAGCACAGAUUCUCUCAUGUCUCAGGCAAGCGGAAGUAGUGUGGGUCACCAUUCAGUCGGUGUCAUAAGAAAACAUCCAGGCAGAUCAUUGUCUCUAACAUCUGCAUCUGUUAAGCAGCCUAGUGGUCAGGCCAACAAAGUAACUGCAGAGGCUGGCCCAGCAAGUCAGAGAUGGGUGCAAGAGUCAGAAACUUCAAAGCCAAUUAAGGAAUCAAGAUCUCAGAAACAUAUACGGAAAAUGAAAUUGACGAGUCUUCCCAGCUGACUGCCGAAGGGUGAGCACCCCAGUUUUCCAUCACUUCCCGUACCCUCUAGUUUCCAGAGAGAUAACUAGGCUACCAAGGAUGUGGGUCGCUCAGCCUCCCCCAAAUCUGUUUGCUAGGAGGGCAGCUGGGCAGGCAAAAUACUGAGGUGCUGAAAAAGUGCUAAUGUAUCAGUAUUCAAAAUCAGCAAUGGAUGACCUGGAUAACUAUAGGCUGGUUAGCCUGACAUCAAUCCAAGGCAAGUAAAUGGAAAACCUGAUAUGGGAUUUAGUACAUAAAAAAUAAAGGAUGGGGUUAUUAUUAAUGCCAGACAGCAUGGUUUUAUGGAAAAUAGGUCUUGCUGGGCAAACCAGAUUUCAUUCUUUGAUGAAAUUACAAGGUUAGUUGAUAAAGGUAAGAACAGUGUAGAUGUAAUAUAUUCGGAUUUCUGUAAGGUGUUUGACUUACUACCGCUCAACAUUCUAAUUUAAAAAUGAGCACUAUGCAAUAUGAACAGAGCCCACAUUAAAUGCAUUAAGAACAGGCUAACUGACAGAGCUCACAGUAGUCGUCAGUGGGGAAUCCUCAUCAAAUGGGAGUGUCAGUCUCCAGUGAGUUUCACAGGGAUUGGUCUAACUCACAACAUUAUUCAGCUUUUGCAUUAAUGACUUGAAACUAUAUAUAAAAUUAAUGCUGUUAAAAUUUGCUUAGUAAACUGGGCCCAUUCAAUCAAAAUGUGUUUUAAUGGGAGGAGGAAUAGCUUAGUGGUUUGAGCAUUGGCCUGCUAAACCCAACGUUGUGAGUUCAAUCCUUGAGGGGGCCAUUUAGGGAUCUGGGGCAAAAGCCUGUCUGAGGAUUGGUCCUGCUUUGAGUAAGAGGCUGGACUAGAUGACCUCCUAAGGUCCCUUCCAACCCUGAUAUCUGUGAUUCUAUGAAUACAACCAAGUUCUGCAUCUACAAACAAGGAAUGCAGGCCUAUGGAGUGGGGGACCAUAUCCUAUAACUCAAUGACUCUGAAAAGGAUCUAAGUGUCAUAGUGGACAGGCAACUCAUCAUUGAACUUCUGGUGUGAUGCGUGAUGUUGUGGCAAAUGAGCUAAUGCUAAUGUAUGAACAGGGGAAUAGUAAGUAGGAGCAGGAAGGUGAUCUGAUCUCAGCCAUUGGUGAGAUAGAUACUACAAUACUGUGUACAGGUCUGGUGUCCCCAUUUUAAAAAGGGGGUUGAAAAAUUGGAGAAGCAGCCAAAAAGAGCCAAGAAAAUGAUUUUGAGAGCUGGAUAAAAUGACUUACAAUGAGAAACUUAGGUCAAUCUGUUUAGCUUGUCAAAAAGAAGACUGAAAGGUGACCUGAUGACAACAUGUAAGUAUUGUCAUGGAGAGAAAAUAUUGGCUACGAAAGGGCUUUUUAAUCUGGCAGAGAAAGGCAGAACCAGAACCUGUGGAUGGAUUCAGUGGAACCAGUCUGAUUCAAAUUAGAAAUAAGGCACAAAUGUUCAACAGUGAGGGUGAUCAGUUAUUGGAACAAACUAACAGAGGAAGUGGUGGAUUCUCUGUACCUUGUUGUCAAGACUGGAUGCCUUUCUCAAAGAUAUGCUUAGCCAAACACAAGUUGUUGAGCUCCAUGCGGGGUAACUGUGUGAAAUUUAAUGGCCUGUGAUGUACAGGAGGUGAGACUAGAAGAUUUGAUAGUGUCUUCGGGCCUUAAACCGUAUGAAUCUGUGAAAAAUAUGAAAAUGAGGAUUUCUCAUUACCCUCAUGGAUAUGUGAAACAGGAAAAUACAAUAUAUAUCACUUUAUUUUAAAUAAUGCCUAGCAGCUAUACAGAGUGUUCCAUCUUAAAGCACUCUGUAAAUGUUAACUAAUCCUCAGCACUCAGGUGAAGUAGGUAUUCUGUUCAU